AUGGCCGGAGGUCUGUUCUCAAAUAUCUGGUUAUGGCGAGGUGUUGCUGGAGUCCUUACUGCUGCUGUUAUUUUGAUUUUCUGUAUUCAGUUUGUAAACCGUUCUUCAGCCAAAGAUUUUCCUGUCUGCCCUUCCUUGGAACUUUGCCCAUCAGGUUGGCUGUAUUUCCAGAGGAAAUGCUACUACCUCUCAGAGAAAGAAGCCAGCUGGAACUCUAGUCAGAGCCUCUGCUCAUUGCACAAUGCUUCCCUCUUGGUGAUAGAAAAUCAUCAGGAACUGAAUUUUAUGGUGAAGAUAACAAAGCAAGACCCGUGGAUUGGACUCUAUAAAAGAAAUGAAGAGUUCUUUUGGGUAAAUGGGAAAGCAUUAGACAAUAAACUGUAA